CGCUCCGCGCAAGCCUGCCACCUACCGACGGCAUGUCAGCAUGCCGUACCGCCGGCGGCGGAGGAAGCCCAAUUUCCCGCCCCCGGCGAGCGGCGAACCUCGCCUUCUGCCCCCCGGACGCGGAUAUGGCACUUGCGCUGGCCGCUGGCGGUGCUGGCAGUCGAGGGACGGACGGGCCCUCAGCUGUUCGACGAAAUGUCUCGACGGCCGCGCCUCGCCACGCCAUACCAUGUGGCAUGGGCUAGCCUCAAACCGCCUUCGCCUCUCCUAUAUAUUGUCCGGAACCCAACGGCGUCGUCGCCUCUUUCCCCCAGAAACAAACUCGCAAACCAAGAACCCUCCUCCACCGGACCACCGCCUCCUCUUCCUUCCCUGAGGCGAGGCGAGGCGCCGAGAGGGACAGGCGCCAUGUCGGACGGAUCUUCCUCGACAGGGCCGCAGCGUUCCCCGAGGGUGCCGUCGUCCAACGAGGAGAAGCUGCUCCGUGCCGUUGAGAGGGCAAUAGCGAGGAGCUACGCGGCCAAGCAGGCGGCCAAGCCAGCCGAGGCCACCGCCAAUGUCUCGCCGUGGAGGCGACUGUUCAGGAAGGUGAUCAAGGAGAUCAAGAUUGGCCCUGCCACCUCCAAGAGCGCUUCCGCGCUGCCAAGAAUGCGGCAAGAAGAGCGGGAGCGCCCCAAGAAGGAUACCACCUGGCAUCCGUCGGAAGCAGGCGCCGAGGGAGACGGCGUGCAGGUGGUGCACGCCGCUGACAGGCCUGGUUAUGCGGCGAUGAUGAAAUCCGCGUUGGCGAGAAUUCAGGCUGGCGAAGCUGGCGGGGCCGAGGCCUUCGCUGAGAUGGAGCAGGCGUUGAAGGGCCUCAUGGAUGUCUCGUUCAAAGCGCUGGACCGCCCCAUGUUGCCUGCGGAGUUCAUGUCCAAAUGGUCUUGUGCUAAUAAUGAAAAUUGGUCGCGUAUGGAUAUUAUUGCUGAUCCGCUAAUCCUGACGUCUGGAAAUUCCAUUGACAGAUUCUCCCACCAGUUGUCCUCUACUAAUGCUGGCGAACGUUUACUCACGAUUCCAAAUCACCUCCUCCGUGAUGUCAUAACGGCAUGGUGCCUUGAUCACGCAAUUCCUCCUCCAUCCGCUCCUGCUACCUCAGUUGCCAGUGAAGACGCACGACCUUCAGAGGAAGAAAUGCAGAUGCUCCUUGAGAACCUCUCUGUGCAUUCAGUAGAGCAGCGGGAGGAGGGUCUGCACAAGAUCCAGCUAUUAUCAACAUUCUCCAAAGGCGUCAAUCCCUGCCUUGAUCAGUGGCGAGAUCUGCUCCCCAAGCUGAUGGGUCUACACAAGAAGUGGAAGUCAACGUGGACCAGGGACCUGGAGGAAAAGAGGGUGACAAUAAUGCUGAACCUGUCUCUCCACAGUCCGAACCGGGAGAUACUCGCUGAGGAUGAACAACUUCCAGAAGCACUGAUGGAAACCAUUGAAAAGGCACUUGAGCUUGGAUAUCCAUUAACAGUAACGUGCAAGGUAUCUUCUUUAGUCGCCAUCCUGUCAGAGUAUAACACUUUCAGGAGAAAGGUUGUCGAGAUGGGUGGAAUUGAGAUGCUUGGUUUGCUGCUUCGCUCAAGGGAUGCCCUGCUACGGAAUGAGGCCAGUGCUGCAAUCCUCGCGCUCUGCACAGAUGAUGCUACAGCACUGAGCCAUGUGCCUAAUGCCUCGCUGGUGGAGUGCCUUUCAGAUGGUGUGGUCACUGACGAGAGCUUACUGCUGCUUGAGCGUACUUUACAUCGUGAAUCUGUUCGAGAUUGGAUAGUUUCAAGUGUUGCAGUUCUGAUGAAAGUCAUCACCAAGCAUGGAGUAGGGUAUGUCACCUCCAGGGGCAUUCAAACUGCGGUUGGUCUGAUUUACCAUGCUGUUCAGUGGGAGGACGGCAGGCGCAGGCUGGAGACGGCACGGACAUUGCCAGACUUUGUUGAGGUUUUGAGAAACUUAAAAACAAAGGAAAUGCCACCGGAGAGAGUCUUUGAGAUUGACAGUAUACUCAUGAUAGCAUUUGCCGUCGCAGAUUAAACUCAUGUCUGUUUGAGGAAUGCACAUUACCGAGGAACCAUGAACUACCUGCCGUGAGGAUGAUAGUGCAAUUAGAACCCUUCUCUGCUCUGCUAACAGUGCAAUCAGAAACCUUCUCAGCUCUGCAAAUUUUCCUGCAAAAUUGCAAAUUAUCACGUUUGGAUACUGUAAAUUUUCAUAUUGUUGUAAAGUUUGUGUCAGUUCACAGUUGGAAUACUGCAUACAAGUUGAUCAUGUAUGCGAGUUUGUCA